AUGGACUGGGAAACGAGGGACGACUAUGGCCCCGUCGCCGUUUACACCAAUUGGGCCAUGUUUAUCAUUCUCACAAGACUUCGAAUAUACUGCCGCCUGGCCUACGGCUCCAAAGGAAUCAUUCGCGGCGUAGGCCUCGAUGAUUUGAUCACAAUCUUUUGCUGGAUUCUUUUCCUUAUCACCUGCGUGCUCGUCACCAUUACCGUGAGCCACGGGCUGGGUAAACACAUGUCGGCGCUGUCGCCCGAGCAGAUCACCGAGUCGCUGCACUGGAACGUCAUUAGCAACUCGGUGGCCAUUUGGGUCUUUUCACUGCCCAAGUUUGCCAUUGUCGCCCUCCUCCGGCGCAUCCUCACCUAUGGUAACAAGACGGCCGUCUUAUUCUGGGGGCUGGCCUUUACCUCGCAAGCCUGCAUCCUGGCCACAUCCAUCUGGUGGUUCCGGCAGUGCACUCCGAUAGAGUACGGCUGGGACCGCAGCAUCGAGGGCUCGUGUGCCGAUGUCAGCGUUUUGAAAAAUCUUGGUUAUUUUACCUCGGCCUACUCGGCCUUUCUCGACUUUUUCUUUGCCCUCUACCCCAUUCCGCUCAUUAUGCGCCUGAACUUGGGGCUCAAGAACCGGGUCACCAUUUCCGUGGCCAUGGGUCUCAGUGCCUUGGCUUCGGCGGUUUCUGUCUAUAAACUAGCAAUCUUUGGCGAGGUCUUUACCAUGCUCCCGUCAGACCCAACUUACCCCGUCGCCUACCUCGACAUUCUCGGCAUGGCAGAGGGCUUUAUUCUUUUAGUAUGCGCAUCGCUGCCGACCUUGGGUCCUCUGAUUCGCGCCAUUCGCGGACAGACAAUCAAUGGAUCCGGGUGGUCUGGGAACAGCUCUUCUCAAGCAUACUACUCCAAGGGCACCGGAAACCGCGAGACCCGUAGCGGUAGUCAGUCGUGGCGGGCAAACCAUAAGCUCCCAGGCGGCGGCACGGACCUGGAGUCGGCGCGGAGGGAGAAAAUUGGUGGUAGUAGCCACUACGAUGUUGAUGAGAUGCCGCUGGUUGAGACGAAAAAGUCCAACUCGGUGCGGCUUGAACCCAUCAUCAUACACAAGAGUACGGAUAUUGCUGUGCAUUCGGAGCCGAGGACGCCGGAUUCGCGGCCGACUACCCGAGACCGGGACAUUUUUGUUAAACAUUGA